AAACAAAGAAAAACACUUUACCUAGGUAAAUUAAUGUAGAAUUUAGAAAUGAGAUUGUGAUAUAUUUUUUGUGAAAAUAAGUGUUGUUGUAAUUGUUUAUUAAAUAAUUUUACAUUAGUAGUGUCUGUGCUUUUCUUCACUGUUAAGUGAUUUGAUAUCAAGUUUAUAAUUUAUUCUACGUGCAUAUAACUUAAUUUAGGGUGAAUAAAUAUGUUAAAAUGAAAGGAAACAAGAUCAAUGCUAAAAGCUGAAAGUUAAACAUAUGUUUCUGUAAAAACGUAAACGAUGUCUUGGAUGAAGAGAAGAGGUCCAAGUACACCUAGCCCUGCUCCAGCGCCUGCAGUACCUAUGUACAACCCCAAUCAACAUUCCGCAACACAAGAGACACAAUGGCAAAACCAACCAGUCCAAAACAAUUGGUAUCAAGGACAACAACAUGCACAGUAUCAACCAGUGCCGAAACAAGAAAAUACCAAUCCACCCCAGCAGAAUUACUGGCAACAACAACAACACAAUCCUCUCUCAUACAAUCAAAACAGUCAGUAUAAUCAACAUCAGUAUCAAAAUCAGCAACACACGGGAUAUGUCCAAAAUAACUCUGGAUAUGAACAACAACAUUAUAGUAAUGUGCAAUAUAGUCAAUUGAACAACCAAAAUAAUGUUUAUGGAACUGGAACUCAGAGUGGACAGCAACAGACUGGAGAAGACCCUUGGAAUUGGUCAUGGGGGGAUGAAGACAAUUCAAAUGUGCAGCCAACUCCCCAAGCGACCAUCACUCCUAACCAAACAGGAGGACAAACCGAUGGUUCGUUUGGAAAUCUGGAUACAUGGAACUGGCCUGCUCAGGAGGCGAAAAAUCCUGUCAAGAAUGAAGAACCCACAGAUACGCAUGAGUUAUUUCCAAAAAUUGGUUUAGUGGCUAAAAUCUCUCCAAAAUCUGACACGGAUACGGAUAUAUCAAAAUUACAUCCUCUUCAAGACCAUCUGACUGUAACAGGAAAAAGAAGCAAACUAGAAACACCCCAGUGGUCUACAGAGUCCCAAAUGUCGCAAGAAUCUUCAGAUGAUAUUCUACAUACAUCCGAAAGUGAUAAAAGCCAUAUGAUGAGUCGGAGCUCAACAAUUAGUCAUUCUCCUAUAUCAGGACACGAUCUAAUAGCACAAAAUUUAGAUGAACCACCUGUUAAAAACGACGUCUAUGAAACUAAAGAAAUGAUGUCGAACGUUAGAUUGAAUCCUACACCUCCAUCACCGAAAACUCUUCAAGGACCUCCUCCAUUACCAACAUCCAGUAUAGCAGACGAUCCGAGGAAUCCGUAUAAGAGGACAACAACCUUGUCGCAUACUUCCGCAAGUAGAUUUAGAGCUUCAAAUAUUACACCGCCCGAUACCCGACAAAAUGUUUACCAACCCACAUUUCACAAUCAACAGAUCAAUCUUGAAAAUGCCGAUAGUUCUGAGCCGAUAGCAAUGUCGGAUCCUGAUCAUUCCCAAUCUGUACAAAAGAUAAAACUUGGUCAUAAAUUAGAUAAUAAUGAAGCACCUAUGAAUGAUAGAAAUCAAUAUCUAGAAACUGGUCAACUAUCAGAAGUAAAUUACAACGAUCGAAUGAAUGAACAAACAUCGGAGCGAGAAGAUCAGCAAAUUUACGAUCAAGAGGGGCUUGAAAAUAUCACGGAUGCUUAUCCGCCUCCAGGUCUUAGACGGAUGGUACCCGGACAGCUGGAGCAAGCUGAACCUACUAGUAAUGUUCCUAAUUUUACUGAUGAACCACCACCAGGCCUUAGCAGAAUGGUAUUAGGUCAAACGGAAUCUGCAGCUCCUACUACUUUGGGAACGGUUGCCCAAAAUGUUGAUUUACUCUCUCAAUUCGAUACCUCUGGUCCUCCCGAAGGUUUGCGCAGAAUGAUUCCAGGUGAAUCUAGUUCUCCAGAGUCGUCGUUACGAAUUCAACAGCAAAAUAGGGAGGAUAAUGAAUCCGAACCAGAAUUCAGUCAACUAACUCAGCAUACUUCUCAACCUAGAUCGGCAACUAUCGGGGCAGACACUCCCCCUGCUGUAAAUAAUCCCAUCGCUAGUCAACCAUCUGCCAAUAAUAUUAGUCGCGCCCGUCUUGAAAAUGGAACCAACGUACCGACCCGAAGUUCCAGCGUGGAACCCGAUAACAAGAGACGCGAUUCUAUCGAAGGGGAACCCCAGGAGCAAGAAAUAUCGAAUAUUACUAAUUCCGUAAGAAAUAUGACGGUCGGAGAAAAUUUGACCGACGGUCACGUUUCUAAUAAUAGUUUACCUGAUCCUGUUCCGAGGAGACAAAGUAGGCAAGAAAGUAGUGAUAGUGAUAGAGAAUCGAGGAAACCACCAAGAGGUCCUUCUAGAGAUAAAAAAUCUGCUGAACGAACUACUAAACGGGAUCGAGAUAGAGAAAGGGAUCGGGACCGAGAGAAGGAUAGAGAUAAGAGUAGAAGAGAUCGGGAGAGGUACAGUCCUGAUAACUACAGAGAUAAAAAGUAUGAGAGGCGAAGAUACAGAGAUCGACGAUAUGAAGACGAUACCGAUUAUUACAGUGAUAAGGAAAAGGAGAAAGGUUUUGAUGAAUGGGAUAGGGACUAUGAUAGGAAAUAUAACAGUUUGCGCAAGGACAAGGAAAAAGAAAGGCGUCGAAUGGAGAGAGAUCCACGAGAUUAUAAUAGAAGAGAUUACUACUAUGGAAGCAGGUACGGCGACGAUUAUGAAAAUGAACAAAGAUCUAGGCCAUCCAGCAGAUCAGACUCCCUACAUGAAUCCUACAGGGCCAGAGACAAAGAUCAGGAUCGUGAUAGAAGAAAUAGAGAUAGAGAAAGAGAAAAAUAUCGAUCGAGAAGAGAUCCUAGGGAUGCAUAUAAUUAUCAAGGUUAUUCUUAUGAUCCGUUUAAUCCGUACUACCAACAAUAUCAGUACUAUGAAAAUCUAAGACGUACCAAUCCUCAAGCGUACGCGGAAUGGUAUAGAAAGUACUACCAACAAGCUACUAGCCAUUCUGCGUCAUAUGGGGGAGAGGAUCGAGCUUCGGUACAUUCUGGAAGAAGUUCCGCAAAUGAGGAACUAGCGAAGGAUAGGUAUACGAGGCAGAGCUUUUACAGUCAAAUGAGCUCAACGCAAAUAGGAGGAUACUACAGGGAUACACAUAGUCAUACACAUAGUCAAUACGGUCAUGAUGCUUCUAGCUACUCUCGACCCUUCGAUCAAACUGAUUCGCUAUUGGCCCUCGACGAUACAACAGCAGCUUCUCAACGGCUAACCCCUGCUAAAUUCACGAUGGCUCACAUCAAAGCUUCGAUAGCUUCAGGAAAACUGCUCCGUAUCCUUCCCCACUAUCCCAUCGACGGUCAGCCGGCAGUAGUUGAAAUCUGUAGCACUUCAUCCUUCUUGGCUAAUGAUGAGGAGUUCCAAGAGCUAAGCCAGUUUCCAGGGCCGUUAGUUAAAGGAGUAACUCACAAAAAAACAAUAAUUGAAUACUGCGAGAAUAAAAUUAGAAAUGCUAUUGCUGGUCAAAAAAUAGAUGAUGUCGAAAGUUAUAUUUUAAUGUGGGAGUUGCUAAUAUUGUUGAUUAGACAGAAUGGGAUGGUGGUAGGAGCUGAUAUAGCUGAGCUUUUACUCCAAAAUAGAAGGGAAAUACCCCCUCCUCGGGCUGCUUCUGUCAUUUCCAGUUUAAGUAGUAACAAUGGAGAUAUCAAUCAUUCUUCUGAAGCGAGUAAUCAUAUCGUUUCUGAAAAUACUGGUAGUUUAUUGUCCGUACUAAAGGAGGAGGAGAUAACUAAUAAAUUUAGGGAAUUUUUGCUUUAUGGAUCUGGGAAAGAAGCCCUUGAAUGGGCAAUGAAACAUAGUCUAUGGGGUCAUGCGCUUUUCUUAGCUAGUAAAUUAGAUAAAAGGACUUACGCCAAUGUGAUGAUGAGAUUCGCAAACGGUUUAACUAUGAAUGAUCCGCUGCAAACGUUGUAUCAAUUGCUUUCUGGAAAAAUGCCUGCUGCUGUAACGUGUGUUUCCGACGAUAAAUGGGGUGAUUGGCGUCCGCAUUUAGCAAUGAUUCUAUCCAAUUCAUCUCAGCGACCGGAGUUAAACUGUAAAGCCAUUACAACUUUGGGAGAUACUUUAAGAAAUAGAGGAAGUUUGUAUGCUGCCCAGUUUUGUUAUUUAAUGGCAGAGGUUGGUUUUGGCAAGUACGACAACCCUGAUACACGACUGGUGCUCUUAGGUGCAGAUCACUCGAAACCUUAUCCCACUUUUGCUACGAACGAAGCUAUACAUAUGACGGAAAUCUAUGAGUAUGCUUGUGGACUGAAUGAUUCCGCUUUCGUUCUUCCUCAUUUCCAGGUGUAUAAAUAUCUCAUAGCGACUAAGCUGGUUGAUCGAGGACUUGUGGAAAAAUCUUUAGCGUAUUUGGAAAACAUCGCUUCUGUCAUCGUUGCGAAUCCUUCCCUGGUUGAAAUAUCAUUCGUGGAUAAUGUAUAUAACCUAGCCGAUCGACUGAAAUACUACGAUCUUGUCGGCGAAGUUGAAGAUGAGUCCCAAUUUGGUGGAAUGUUGGAAACGAACAGGCCAGACAAUUCUUGGUUAAAAGAUCUCAAAAAUGUGCAAAAUGAUUUCCAUGCCGGUGUAAUUUCACAUCAAAGCAUGCAAAAUUUACAACCUUACACAACAACGUCUUACGAAGCAGAUAUAAAUCAACAACAACAAAAUUAUGAAAAUAGUAUGCCGGAACUUCAACAAUACGAGUAUCAAUCAAAUUCUGCUCCGCAGCAAUCCUGGCAACAAGAACAACAUCAACAAGUCCCGGAAUAUCAGGAUAAUCAGCUUCAGCAACAGACCCAACAAGCAGAUUUCUCUCAAAACCAAUACCAAGAUCAACAAAACUAUUGGUCAAAUCAACAGCAAUGGAAUAAUCAACCAAAUCAGUAUAUCCAGGAACCUGUUGAUCAACAAAAUAUGUACGGAUUAAAUAAUCAAAUUAAUGAGCAGAAAGAGGUAGAGAAAGACAUACCCGAAGAACCGCUACAACCUCAGAUAUCGUUGCCGAACCAACUGAAUGCGUACGAAGAUGAAAAACCCGAAAAACAAGAAGAAAGGAAACCAGUAGCUAAACCCAAACCAGCACCUGCGGAACCAGAAAAAACGCAAAGUACUGGAUGGUUCGGAGGUAUAUUUAGUAAAUUGGCGUUGAAGCCUAAAAAUCAGAUGAAGUUGCCGGAUGAUAAGAAUCCAAAGAUCGUUUGGGAUCAAGACAAAAAACGUUGGAUUAACGUAGAUGAAGAUCCAAAUGAUCCGGCGAAUGAAUUUAAACCUCCGCCGAAGUUAUCAGAAUUGAUGCCUAAAUUACCUCCAGCUCAACAAGCUCAUUCUACUCCCACGUCUGCCAAUACCUCGCUGCCUAGUUUUGAUCCCAAUAGAACGCUUGUUGAACAAAAUGGAGGAGUACCUAAUACGAAUUCUGGAAUAGAAGAUGCUGGCCCACAAAGACCAUCACAGCAGGGGAAUAUGUUUAAACUGCAGAAGGGUAGAAACCUGAAAAAUUCCUACAUAGACGUUUUCAACCAAGGUAAUAAACAACAAGCUAAUUCAGGGCCUGCUUCUCUUCCCGCACCCAAUCAAUUGCCUUCAGCUGCUCCACAGAUGAACUUCUUCGUUCCUCAGCCUAUUGCAGAUCCUAACGCGCCUAUAGAUUUUCUUACACCGGGUGGUGUGCCUCAUAUAGGAGAUCCUCAGAUGUCUAGGUGGAGUUCUUCUAGUUCUUUAUCGAAGGAAGUACAAUUCUAUAUGCAACAAAAACCUCGCCCACGAUAAACCAUUGCUUGCCUCACAGCUUGUGCAUUUUCACGCACGUUACUUUAGCCACAGUAACGGAAGGAUAAAAAUGGUUAUGAAUAUUUUGGAGACUGUGUCAGGUGAUGCAGUGUAAAUGUUUUUAAUGGUGUAAUAAUUUUUAAUCGAUUUGAUCCUGUGAUCAUUAGGAAUUUUUAUUAUAAAUUAUAUAUAAAGAGACAAUAUAAAUAUUAUAUACAGUGUAUUUAUAGGACUUAAGGGAUUAAACAUUAAAUGAGAA